AUGCCUCCAAAGAGAAUUAAAACACAGAAAGAUGUAGAAAACAUUAAACGCAGAAGAAAAGAAACUCAACGUAUACGUCGGACACAUAUGACUGAACAACAAAGGGUAACUCUACAUAAGAAGGAUUCUGCAAAAAAAAAGAUUUCGAGGGCCAAUAUGACUGCUCAGGAAAAAGCUCUCCAAAAGGACAUUCAAAGAUCACGUUCUGCUACCCGUAGAAAAAAUAAUACAGAUGCUGAAAUACCUCUUGAAAGUGUAAAACAUCGUCAACGUACAAAAAAAGUUCGCACUAACAUCACUAUCACUAAUCAAUAUAACGCAAGUUAUAACCAUUCACUAUUUAAUGAAGACAAUGUCCAGAUGCACACAUGUGGUCAACUUAAUGUUUUUUGCAAAUUUUGCAUGGCAAAGCAUUUUCCAGAGGAACAACCAAGCGAUAAGCUUUUUAAUAAAUGCUGCAAUAAAGGCAAAAUAACAUUACCGCAUAUACAAAUUUCACCACUGAUCCAACAACUAAUGACUGGACAUCACACACGUUCAAAGAAUUUUAUGCAAAAUAUCCGUUCUAUAAAUAGUGCAUUGGCGUUUGCAUCAAUGGGAGCAAACAUUGCACCACCUCCAGGAUAUGGACCAUACUGUUUUAGAAUAAAUGGGCAAAUUUAUCACCGAUCUGGUGCUUUGCAUCCAGAAAAUGAUGAUCAACGCAAAUUUGCACAACUCUACAUUUUGAGUCCUGAGGAAGCUGCGGACCAACGAGCUGCACUAAAAGAAAAUUCAGGAUGUCACAUUGAACUUUUGAGGGAGUUAAGUUCAUAUAUGUCUCAGUAUAACCCUUUUGCAAAAGCAUGUAAAAUGCUCUAUGAGGUAGAGCAAGAAUGCAUACAUGAAGCAUCUUUAAAUGGAGUUCGAACUUCUAAAGUUUCAAUGGUAAUUCUGCAGGACAGAACAUCAGAUUGCCGAAGAUAUAAUGUACAAAGAGUUAAUGAGGUGGCUGUUAUUUUCCAAAAUUCUGAUGGUGAACCUCCUCUUGAACGUGAUCUUCUUAUUCAUUGCCGAUCUACAGAUCAAACAAAAAAAACAGAAAGAAUAAGUGUCUUAGAUCCUAAUCUUGAACCAUUGCUGUAUCCUUUGUUGUUUCCAUAUGGGGACCAAAGUUGGGGUUCCAACAUUGCUCUUAACUACAGGCCAACAUCAAUUAGUGAUGUACAAAGAAGAGUAAAAACCAAUCCAAGGAUAAGAGUUAGUCAAAUGAAAUACUACUCUUACAGAAUUUCAAUUCGGGAUCAAUUUAAUCCUUUCCUUAGUGCUGGCAAGUUGACGCAGCAGUACUUUGUUGAUGCUUAUGUCAAGACUGAGGCCAACAGACUCAACUAUAUCCGUCAAAAUCAAUCAAACCUUUGCAUUGAAAAAUAUACAGGAUUAAUGGAUUACAUUCAAAGUGAAGCUGCUGCACAGGGCCUGAUGUCUUUAAAAGCAGUUAUUUUGCCAUCAUCUUUUCAGGGAAGUCCACGAAAUAUGGCCCAAAACUACCAUGAUGCUAUGGCCAUUGUUAGAAAAUAUGGAAAACCGGAUUACUUCAUCACCAUGACCUGCAACCCUAAAUGGCCUGAGAUAGUUGAUAACCUAUUAGAAGGUCAAGCAGUGGAGUUCAGACCAGAUUUGGUAGCAAGAGUUUUCAAUCUCAAACUAAAUUCUCUUUUGCAUGAUAUAUUGAACAAACAUGUUCUUGGAAGUCCUUGCGCAAAAGUGCAUGUUAUAGAGUUUCAAAAAAGAGGACUACCACAUGCUCAUAUCCUUUUAAUAUUGAAAGCCAAAGACAAGCCAAAUGAUGCUGAAACCAUUGACACUUUUAUAUCAGCUGAAAUGCCUGAUGAACAUAUUUAUCCCAGACUACAUGCUAUUGUAAUAAAGCAUAUGAUACACGGUCCAUGUGGAGAACAUAAUUUAAAUUCUCUGUGCAUGGUUGAUGGUAAUUGCAGCAAGAAUUUUCCUAAAAAAUUUCAAGAACAAACUUUAAUUAAUGUUGAUGGAUAUCCUCAAUAUCGGAGACGAAAAAAUGAGACCACAGUAAUUGUCAAAGGCAAAAAAAUUGACAACUCUUGGAUAGUUCCAUAUAGCCCAUACUUCUGCUUGAAAUACAACUGCCAUAUAAAUGUAGAGAGUUGUGUUUCUGUUAAAAGUGUUAAAUAUCUCUUCAAAUAUGUAUAUAAAGGUUACGAUUGUGCAAAUAUUUCCAUUAAGGAACAUAAUACACUACAGCAUGAUGAAAUUCAAAAUUUUUUGGACACAAGAUAUGUCAGUGCUCCUGAAGCUCUUUGGAGGUUGUAUGGUUUUUUGAUGCAUCAUCAAACACAUACAAUAAUAAGACUUCAAGUUCAUAUUCCAGGCGAACAAGAUGUAUAUUUCCAUAAUGAUAACAUACAAUUAGCUGUAGAAAAGGUACAAGACAGGGAUACCACUUUGACAGCAUACUUUAAGUUGAAUGAUGAUACUCAUGCUGCACGGGAAUUUUUUUACUCUGACAUUCCUCAACAUUAUGUAUUUGAUGUAAAAACCCAAGCUGCCCAAAAGCUUUCACUUUUAGAUGACAACGCUACAUGGGAUCUUACACUUAACGAAUCAGCAUCUCAACAAAUGCCUAAACAAAUGAGGGAACUGUUUGCUUAUUUGUGUAUCUUUGUUGUCCCACCUAAUGUGCCACAACUCUUUGAAAAAUACAAAAAUGAUCUUUAUGAAGAUUAUUCACGUCAUGAAGGCCACAUAGAUGAUUGCAAAAGUUGUAAAAAUUUAGCAUUAACAGAUAUUCUAAAUGUUCUCAUAUUACAUGGUAAACGUUGUGAAGAUUUUGGACUACCCAAUCCAUCAAACUUCAUUCCAGACAUGCAAUUCAACUAUGUGACACAGUUGGAAGCCCAAGUUGGAGCACAACUUCAAGAAGCACUAAACAUCGAGCAAAAAGCUGCAUUUGACAAUGUAAUGUCUGCUAUUGAUAAUGAAAAUUUACCACACAGAUGUUUUUUUAUUGAUGGACCUGGUGGAAGUGGCUAGACUUAUUUAUAUAAAACACUAUUGAGUACUUUACAUGGACGCACAGAUGGAGUUCUUCCUGUUGCCUCUACAGGAAUAGCAGCUAAUCUCCUUGAUGGUGGAAGAACUUACCAUUCACAGUUUAAGCUUCCAAUUCCAUUACUGGACACAUCAACAUCAAAUAUGAGAAUGACUUCAAAAGAUGCUGAGAUCAUACGUAAUGCUCAAUUGCUUAUUUGGGAUGAGGCCUCAAUGACACCCGGUAUCGCUCUAAAAUGUGUAAAUAAGCUCCUUCAGGAAAUUAUGCAGAACAACAAGCCCUUUGGUGGAAAAGUUAUACUCCUUGGUGGUGACUUCCGACAAACACUCCCAGUUCUUCCUCAUUGCAAUAGAACUGCUAUUGUGGAAGCUACUAUAAAGUUCUAUGAUCACUGGGAUAAAUUCAAAAUUUUGAGAUUGCACAAUAAUGUGCGUUCGGUGGAUCCAGAAUUUAGCAAUUGGCUACUACAAUUAGGACAGGGCUCAUUAAAUAAUUCAGAGGGCCUUCCUGAGGAUUUAGUUGAGAUCCCUUCCAAAUUAAUAUGCCACAAUUGUAUCAUAUCUGAAAUUUUUGGAAAAAGACUUUUUCCAUCUGAUCUUCACAGUUUUUCAAAAAAGGCCAUUUUGUGUACAAAGAAUUGUCAUGUUGAUCAAAUCAAUGACCAUGCAUUAAAUAUACUCGAUGGUGAUGAAAAAAUAUAUCUAAGUUCAGAUUCAAUUGACGAUCAGAUGAAGAUGCUCAAAACUAUCCCAUAG